AUGGCGCAGGGCCCGGGCCUGGAGUCCAUCUACCUGCAGGUGGGGGAGGCGGGGGUGCGCAAGGUGGUGGGCGCCGCCUACCUCGCCGUCCUGCCCCAGCUCAAGGCCAUCGCCAUGCUGAUCGGGGCCAUGGGGGCACUGGAGCCGGCCCUGCACUACGAAUACUACCCCUUCAGCAAGGUCAAGCGGUUUCCCUUUGUGGCGGCCAAGCGCGCGCAGCGGCUGUGCCGCCACCUGCUCAAUGUGGCGGGGUCCUUCUCUGCGGCCCUGGAUGCGCACGACACCUACAGCUGCCCCCCCUUGAUCCCGGUGGCGGGGGAGCUGGAGGACGUGGGCCAGCAGCUGCAGGCCUGCCUCCUGGCCCUGGCGGGGGUGCUCAAAUGCACGGUGGCCGUGGAGCGCGCCGUGGACAUGGUGGUCAACCUGGAGGACCUGGUGCGCCACCUCUUCCUGACGGUGCUGGCGCAGGGGGGCGCCGCCGAGGAGUCGAGCACCGACGCCAUCCUGGGGGUGACCUUCCUGGCCAUGCUCUUCAACGCCACCUACGUGGUGCGCCUGCUGUGCGUUGCGCUGGUCCAGGCCUUCUCGCCAGAGGAUGUGGAGGCCUUGGCGCAUGCCUCCAUGCUCUCCGACUCGACACGCUGGGCUGUGGAUGAGCAGCUGAUGGUGCUGUGCAGUGACAUGAUGGCUGCCGCCCUGUACCCCGACAGCGGCGAGGAGGGUGUGGCAGAGCUCGUACAGGACGCCAGCCGCUCUGCGUCCGGCUGGGAGGCGGAGCUGGCAGCAUUCAGCAGGAGAUCCAUGCAGCCCAGUUGA